GGCCUAGCGCCUCCGCGGGGGUCGGCGGUCCGCGCCUCUCAGCGUCUCGGGAGCCGGCGCGGGCCGGAGCGGCGCGCCGUGUGUUCGGGCAUGCCCCGCUACGAGCUGGCUUUGAUCCUAAAAGCCAUGCAGCGGGGUUGGUACAGUAGGCUUCACUAGACUUAGCUGCAACUCAGAGUUUCUCCUCCAGCACCUGAGUAAAUGCUGAUGGUCUUGUGGAGAGUGGAGUAAGAGUACGAGCUAAGUUCUCAAUUCCAAUUAAGAAGCGGAGGACAAUUUAAACUGUCUCCUUCCAAGUUUAUCGCAGCCACCACCAUCAAGACAGCAAACCAAAGGACAAAGACUUUGACCUGCUCUGUUGCUCUGUGUAGUCCGGUGCACGCGUGGUUGACAGACUUGGCUGGGUUACUGAUGAGUAAAUAGAAAGUCGGACACUUCUGUCAUUGGACGCCUUUACUCACAAAGUGACCAAAAUGAGGGCUGUUCUGGAGACAGCAGACAUUGCCAUAGUGGCCCUGUACUUUGUCCUGGUCAUGUGCAUUGGCUUUUUUGCCAUGUGGAAGUCUAAUAGAAGCACCGUGAGCGGAUACUUCCUGGCUGGGCGCUCUAUGACCUGGGUAGCGAUUGGUGCCUCUCUGUUUGUGAGCAACAUUGGGAGUGAGCACUUCAUUGGGCUGGCAGGAUCUGGAGCCGCGAGUGGAUUUGCAGUGGGCGCGUGGGAGUUCAAUGCCUUACUGCUUUUGCAACUGCUGGGAUGGGUUUUCAUCCCCAUUUACAUCCGGUCAGGGGUGUACACCAUGCCUGAAUACUUGUCCAAGCGGUUUGGUGGCCAUAGGAUUCAGGUCUAUUUUGCAGCCUUGUCUCUGAUUCUCUAUAUCUUCACCAAGCUCUCUGUGGAUCUGUACUCAGGUGCCCUCUUUAUCCAGGAGUCUUUGGGUUGGAACCUUUACGUGUCUGUCAUCCUGCUUAUUGGCAUGACUGCGUUGCUGACCGUCACCGGAGGCCUUGUGGCGGUGAUCUACACAGACACUCUGCAGGCCCUGCUCAUGAUCGUGGGGGCGCUCACGCUCAUGGUCAUCAGCAUGAUGGAGAUUGGCGGGUUUGAGGAAGUUAAGAGGAGGUACAUGUUGGCCUCACCCAACGUCACUUCCAUCUUGUUGACCUACAACCUUUCCAACACCAACUCCUGUAACGUCCACCCCAAGGAAGAUGCGCUGAAAAUGCUGCGCAACCCCACGGAUGAAGACGUUCCUUGGCCCGGGUUCGUUCUCGGGCAGACGCCGGCGUCGGUGUGGUACUGGUGCGCCGACCAGGUCAUCGUGCAGAGGGUGCUGGCGGCCAAGAACAUCGCGCACGCCAAAGGCUCCACGCUGAUGGCUGGCUUCCUGAAGCUCCUGCCAAUGUUUAUCAUCGUGGUCCCAGGCAUGAUCUCCAGGAUACUGUUUGCUGACGACAUCGCUUGCAUCAACCCCGAGCACUGCAUGCACGUGUGUGGGAGCAGAGCCGGGUGCUCCAACAUCGCCUACCCACGGCUGGUGAUGAAGCUGGUUCCCGUGGGCCUCCGGGGCCUGAUGAUGGCCGUGAUGAUUGCGGCACUGAUGAGCGACUUGGACUCGAUCUUUAACAGCGCCAGCACCAUAUUCACCCUCGACGUGUACAAGCUCGUCCGCAAGAGCGCCAGCUCCCGGGAGCUCAUGAUUGUGGGGCGCAUAUUUGUGGCUUUCAUGGUGGUGAUCAGCAUCGCCUGGGUGCCGAUCAUCGUGGAGAUGCAAGGCGGCCAGAUGUACCUUUACAUUCAGGAGGUGGCGGACUACCUGACGCCCCCAAUCGCGGCCCUGUUCCUUCUGGCAAUUUUCUGGAAGCGCUGCAAUGAACAGGGGGCUUUCUAUGGUGGGAUGGCUGGCUUUGUCCUCGGAGUGGUCCGGUUGACACUAGCCUUUGCCUACCGGGCCCCAGAGUGUGACCAGCCUGACAACCGGCCGGGCUUCAUCAAAGACAUCCAUUACAUGUAUGUGGCCACAGCGCUGUUUUGGGUCACAGGACUCGUUACUGUGAUUGUCAGCCUUCUCACGCCGCCCCCCACGAAGGAGCAGAUUCGUACCACCACCUUUUGGUCUAAGAAGAGCCUGGUGGUGAAGGAGAGCUGCUCCCCGAAGGACGAACCGUACAAGAUGCAAGAGAAGAGCAUCCUGAGAUGCAGCGAGAAUAGUGAGGCCGCCAACCACGUCAUCCCCAACGGGAAAUCCGAAGACAGCAUUAAGGGCCUGCAGCCCGAAGACGUGAACCUGCUCGUGACCUGCAGGGAGGAGGGCAACCCCGCGGCUUCCCUAGGCCAUUCUGAGGCGGAAACGCCGGUGGACGCCUACUCCAACGGGCAAGCGGCGCUCAUGGGAGAGAAGGAGAGGAAGAAAGAGACGGAGGACGGGGGCCGCUACUGGAAGUAUGUGGACUGGUUCUGUGGCUUCAAAAGUAAGAGCCUCAGCAAGAGGAGCCUCAGAGACCUGAUGGAGGAGGAGGCCGUCUGUUUACAGAUGCUGGAGGAGCCUCCCCGUGUUAAACUAAUACUGAACAUUGGACUUUUUGCUGUGUGUUCACUCGGGAUUUUCAUGUUUGUGUAUUUCUCCUUAUGAAUUUUUAAGGAUAUGAUGAAACACUAACUUAAGAAAAUACUGGUCUUUGAAAGAAAAAAAAAAGACUUAUGUAACUGUUGCAUCUCUCAGGCAUUGUUUACGCUGUAGGUUUUAGCCAAAUUUUACUUAGUGGAACAUCAUCUAUUUGCAAGACUUUAUUUUCCCAGAGAUGGAUGAAAGUAAAUUUUCAACCUAAGUGAAGCAAAACUUGUUUAACAGACUGAAUUGUGCAAAUGUGGUUUAAAAUUUUUCAUACCAAAGUAAGAGCAAUUAUUCUCAUAGAACACUUAGAGCAGAGUAUAUGCUGAGAUGCUCGGAAAAAGUGCCCUGUCCGCACUGCCAACUCGUGGCGGAUCUUCUCGACCUGGAGCGGGGGACUGGCUGGUCUCUAAGUUUUUUCCUGUCUCUGUAAUCCCUACUGCCACUUAAAAAGAACUGAUUUUGUAGACAUUGUAUAAUCAAUUGUGUGCUGCAAAUCUAACCGAUGUGCUUGCGAGGUGCUUGUUUCGGGGCAGGUAGGCCAGGUGCCAGGUUCAUGCUGUCCGCACGAGCCUGCGGACUCUGACCACCGGAGGGAAGGGAGUGUCUUUGUGCAGCCGCUCGGGCCCCGCCGGUAGACGCAGUGUUGGGGAAAAGCUUGUUCCAAUUCCUUCUUUCCUGCUUUUUGAAGUUUUGCUGAACCACGCUCGAAUGAGCACCAUGUCUGUCUUUGUAAAAGGUACACGUCAUGACUGUGUUGUUAAGUGACGGGGGGAGAUGAAACGGCACUGCUGGUGGUCUUUGCACGUGCCGGCCGGGUGAAGGUUUGUCACGUGGUUUGGGUGUGAGCAGCCUCUGGGCAGUGCUGGGUCACCUUGGGCUAAGCAGGGGAUUGCUCGGACUCCACUCACUCUCUGGAUGUGUUCUUGUCACUUGGCAACGUUCUUUGUUGGCCAGACGCCUUCCCGAGCAGACCCCGUGCAGGGGAGGGCGUUCAGACGUCUGGGGGCAGGCGACGGGGUCUGGGCUCCGAGCUGCCCUGCUUGGUUAGCUCGUGAUCUGCCGAGGCUGAGUUUUUAGGGAAAAUUCCAUCUGAGGUCACAUUGUACCCUUGGGAAAGUUAUUUUCCUUGACCUGCCUUUUCAAAAGACUUGCCUUUUGCAUUUUUGCCUAAAAGGUCAAGUGACUUAGAGCAUGAGGGUGUUUCGGUGCAGAGCGGCUGUCGGUAACAGGAGACGCGGUGCCCCCCUUGCCCCGGGCGGGCUGACAGACAGCGUUCCCACGGAAAGGAGAGCGUGUCCAGAGGUGCCACGAGCGGGCGCUGCUGGGCGUGGGGGCGCGCCGCGUGGAGAGCAGGGCGGUGCCCGUGGGACAGGACCCUUUGUCCUGAUGUGGCUUGGUCCACGGCUGCAUCCUUCGUAGUGGGGGUCACUCUCCACAGGCUGAUCCCUUCAUGAGGAGAGGGUGCAAGGGGGGACCCGAGUGGUCUCCGCACGCACACGGUUCCGAGUGUGCACCGCACCGUCCUUUUUCCGAGCUCCAGGACAGGUGAAGGAGACUGGCUGACUGUGUAUCUACUUUCUUUGACUUUUCUGUAAUCUGAGACUUUUUAAAUUGCAUGAUUUUAUUCAGCUUUUGAUCUUUAGGGAAAAUUACUACUUUUUAGGUACUUUUGUAGAUUUUGAAUCAAAACUCAGUCCUAAUGACUUUAAGUUUUUUUGUAUUCUAUAAACCAGUUUCAUUAGUUAAUGAUGGACUCGAUUAGUCCAAAGUUGAUUUAGAAAUGAUUGGAUUGCAUAAUGUCUUCCCAUUUCCAGGAAGCUUUCUGAUGGACUGAGUCUGUAGAGAAAAAAAUAAUUCAUGUAUGACUAGCAUGAUUUUUGAGAGCUUAGUGUGCCUUGCAGAAUUUUUUUCUCAGUUUGUAAGUUGGGGGCCAAAUAAAUGGGACCACCCGUUUCUCGUGUGGAGGCUGAGGCUCUGACAUGCCCUGGGUCACGGGGUCUACCGGGGAGACAGAUGACCAGGUGUCCGACUCCGGACUCAAGGUUGGUCCAUGCUUUGUCCCUUUCUUAAGGAACUGUUCCUCCUUGGAGACAGCCUUUCAGUAUUUGAGGAAAUAGUGGGACCUUACAUUUUCAAAUUGGCGUCAGGCUGUGGGAAUUGAAGUUUUCUUGGAGUGCGUUGCUGUGCACCUCAGCAGUGAGGGUUAGCGUGCUGGCUGGGCAGCCUUCUCACCCUUUUUAUUUACAGCAUCGAUGGAUCGGGGAUGUGUCUGUGGGCACCCCCCUUUCCAUGUUCAGAGGGUCCCCCGUCUUCUCUGUGCUCUUGUCUUGGUAUGAUAUGUAAAAUGCAUCAUCUUGUGUCUGUCUGUGUGUAUAUAGCAGUAGGUCAGGUUUAGAGUAGUAAUGCCUGUAAAUAAGGAAUGACUAUUAGCAUAUCCAUGAGGAUUGUUUAUUCUUAGCAGUGCAAACAUCACUUCAUUUAGGCUGAGGUCCCCGGAGCUCGUCCUUAUUGCUUCCCGGUAGUAGGUCCCGCGCUUGAAAGUGCGUGGCUCGCUCGGCGCAGCUUCGUGUCAGGGGCCCAUCCUUCGGUCUGUGUGUCCUUAGAGUGGCCACCCAUGGGUGGUACCUGCACACGGCGCGCCCUAAGCCAGCCAGACAUCCGGCCUAGCGGCUCUUCAGUGAUGACACGGCUCUCCAGACAUUGACGUGUAUAUUUUUAUGUUGGCUCAGGCUAAGGUUCAGAAUUGGCGAAGAGUAAUAGUGACCAAAACAGUUAAGAGUCCAAAUGAAGUGAGGACAUUGGUUUUCAAAGGUGUAGAAAGUGGUGUCGUAUCUGCUGUUAGUGGUGUCCCCAGUUCUGAUUUUUGUCCUCUCAGGCGAUUGCUGUCUCAAGACCUGAUGAGAAGCCCUUAUUACCCUGGUGCGCAGGAGAAACAUCGGCUCCUUCACGGGACCUCUGAUCUGUCUGCUUACCUGGUGUGUGUUCCGUCCUGCCACCCCGAGACAGCCAGCAGCUUCUGCAGCACUGGGGCCAGUCUCCCUUUUCCCACGGGCUCUUCUUGUGCGGGAGGUUCUUCGUCACUCUCAUCUGAGCUUAGAAAAGCAUCAGGCAGAGGCCACGGUGCUGUGUCCUUUGGCCUGCAUUCAGCACCUCCAGUGAUUCGCAGGGACCAUCCCUGAGUGCAAAGGCUGUGACUCAGUUUUCGAACCUGAGGCUAAGUGGGCCGGGGGAGGCUGCAAAGUCUUGUCUGGGGCUGUUGGUGUCUUUGUCUCUGCUUUCCUCAGCCCAUUGCUUCCUUCCCUCUGCUGGGCUUGUGGGUCUGCCCUCUGUCUCCGAGUGUCCUGUGACGUGGCCUGUGGGUGAGUCUCGGUCUCUGCCACCCUCUGCACUGGCACUGUUACUACCUGUUACAGGGUUAGACCUGACAGUGCCCCCCCCCCCGGCAGAAUUCUGCUUCCUUUGCUUUCCUUCUGCUUCACUGGUGUCAUUUCCACCCGAGAUCAGACUGGAAGGGACCACGUGGGUUUCCAGCAGCGACACCUGGCCAUUCCCCAGGUUUGCGCUGAGAGAUGUAGAAAGACCAUUCCUGUUAGAUUAUGGGAUUACAGAGACUUGCCAGGACAAUGUUUUCCUAAGGGAUCAGAAAAACUGUCAGGCGAGAUGCUGAGAAGCACCUGGGCGGUACAGAGUCAACAAGUGGGUAAAGCACGCAUGCGCAGAUGUAGAAUUGCGCUCCUGAGCUCCGGAACUGGAAGAAGCGUCUUGGCUCUCAGCUGCUGUGCACCCCGCCCCAGGAGAUGAGGGCACUAGUGAGUAAGAUCCAGCCUGUUACACUCUGGUGUGGCAUUCAGUAUUGUAAAGUAUGAGUUUAUUAACAUAUUUGAGGUAUUAAAAUGGCUGAUAAUUUGAAGUGAUAUUUUAGUAGGAAAAUGCUGUUAGGCUUCACUAUUCAUAAGAUUUCUUAUUAGCUGGGUGUUACAUUGCUUAAGUCAUUUCAAUGUUAACAUUAGCCUGAGUAGACUUUGCUAAUGAGGGUGUAUUUCUGUCCGCGUGCGUACCCACUACCGUUUAGAGACUGGUCUUCCCCUUCACGUCUCCCCUUCGCGGCACCCCAGGUCUUCACCCGUUCUCUCGGCGUUCACCAGACCCCUGUUCUGGUCUUCCGCCAGCCCAGUUCACGGUCAGGCUCACUGCUGUAGUGUGCGCCAGGGCUGCCAAGCCCCUGGUGAGGAACCUUGUGUCCAGAUGAUGAUGUGUUACUUAUAGACGUGUUGAACUAAUACCAAAGCUCUAUUAGCUUGAACUGUUACUCUCAAAAAUAAUUUUCUCACUUUGUGUUUACCGGCAGUAAAAGCCCUGAUUCAGUAUGUUUUCUCUCAGCACUCCUUUCAAAAACACUAGGGAGACGGUAGUGGAAGCUCGGGAGUCCCCCUGAAGUGAUGGCACUGCAGUGCAGAGAGGAAGGGAGUCCUGAUGCCAGAAAGCCUCAUUCUCGUCGUGAUGAAAGGGGGAAAGUCGGGCCGAACAGGCGGCAUGUCGAGAAACCCUCUGUGCUGGUUGGGCGCGGAGCUGGGUCCCACAGGACGUGGCCUCUUGAUCUUUACACCUGGCUAGACGUGGUCGGCACUUCAGGGCUGCAGACCCUUUUCCUGCAUUAAGGCCGCUUCUGUUCAUUGGGGGUGGUUUUCGUCUAGCUCUCCCCUCUGUUAGAAGGCUACAUGUUCAGCUGCUUUGACUCCUAGAACACAAUUUAGCUAAGGGCACAGUAAUUGUGGGCGUGGCCGGGGCUGGGUCCCACACUGCUCCUCACCUAGUCCAGUCAUGAAAAGAUUUCCAUUUAAACUGCCCCCUCCGGUGCUGGGAGUAAGCCUUCACUGAUUCACCUUUAACGGGAUGUCUGUCCUGAGAAUUGGUGUUAAGUUUCUGUUUCCAUCUCAAAUCCUUUAUAAAAGCUAAGUUUCAGUUUGUUUUGUUUUGGGUUAGGUACCCCAUUUACAUGGUAAUUAACGGCCUUAACCUUUGGCAUAUAGUCUUUUAUCCAGAAGUAAACAAAACGUUUGGUGGAUCUGUAUCUUUACUCAUUUCGUGAACUUGACUUUCUAGGGGAGUACCAUAAUCUGAAGCUGUUGUCCUAAAGCAUCACCCUUGCUGUAUGGAAUGGCUUUGUAAGUUCCGUUUGGUUACUUGGAUACACAGCAUGUUUGCAGAGGGGGAUGCGAGAAUAAAUAAAGCAACUGAAGAGUAGGUCAAGACAAAGCACACUGGUCUCAGAUCCCCCCUCGUGCAGCAGCUCAGAAAGCUCUGUACAGUGAUUGUUGCUUGUGAUCACGCCGCACCAGUUCAAGCCGCACCAGUUCAAGACGUUCGGUAGUCAGAGAGCUCUGUUACAAGGGAAAUGUACGUUUCCGUGUAUUUGGCAAUAGCACAAGUUGACAGUGGACAGCCAUAACCUCACUGGAGGCUUGCGUUUCUCUGUCUUGGUAAACUCACCUUGACCCUGGCGCUGUGGAGUGCUUCAUUUUUGUUUGACUCUGGACUGACUAGUCUGGAUAAUUCUUCAAUGUAUCAGUGUAGCCUAGACAUUUUAAAUGGAAUGUUCCCUGAUAACUCACUUGUCCUGAUGGUUGGAAACUUACACGAAGCUCAUUGCUGUUACUGAAAUCCCAGAUGGCUAAGGCCAAUGACCAGGGGUUCCCUCCUCAGCAUCCGAAAGUCCUGUGUCUGACUAGUGCCUUCCGGUUGCCGACAUUGACUCUGCUGGUUUACACCUUUCCCUUCUUGGUUGAAAAUUGCUACAGGUUUUCUUUUUAAAUUUUGUUACAGCUUGUGAAGGAAGUAAAGGACCUUUAUAUUUGCUUACUUUAUAUGCAGCCUGUAUUUUUAGGUUCAAAGAAACCAGGUAGCUUAGUUGGUGUCGCAGCUUAAGUGUUAUUUAUAUGUAUUUGUUUAAUUAAAAAAUAAAGUUACUUAUAUUAAUUCUGUGAGUAUAUUUUAACUGUAUUGUUUUCCAGUGUAGCUUUGAUAGGUGCAUCUGAGAACUUGUAUGUAACAAGGUUCACAUUCCGCAACAGGGCAAAGGCUUGAGAUCCGUAGAAAGCACAAAACCCUGCCCCCGCCCCCCCCCCCAUGUGUCUCCACGUGUAGAAAGCACAAGAGCAGCAGUGUUCUCGGCGUCCCGCAAGUGCACAGCCAGUGCCGGGCGGGCAGGACAGUGAGGGGUCUCGGUGCGGUCCUAAGCGGUAGUAGUUCAGUCUAAUUGUUUGGAUGAGUUUGUGUUUCUCUGGUGGAGGGAGACGUGUGAGUGUCAGGAAUGCUGCUGUUGGUUAUAUUUGGGGAUCACUCGCUAACGUGGGUGGUGUGGGCUCUGCCCUACAGUCUGGAAGUAAAGAGCCCCGGACAGACUCGUAGGUUUUGCGGGGACAGUUUGAGAAACUUGUGCUGUAGAUGGUUUGCUUUUUUAAUCUUAAAUUUUUAGGAUGUUCAACCUCCCGUCAAUAAUGUCCUGAAAACAUGGAGAAAUUUCAUAUUUUAAGAGGGCAGGUGCUACUUGGUGUUCAAUAAUCUGUAUUGGUUUGUAAGUAAGAGAUGAAGUUAUCUUCUGUGUAUGCCUGACUGCAUUUCACAAUGAUAGAGCAGGAUUUGACCCCGGGUGUCCUGAGCGGCAAACUAAUUCCGAGACAAAUCUGCCGAUUGAACUAUGCUGGUUUUCACAGUGGUUCUAAGAGUCUAAGGGUGCUGUUGCCUGUCCCACCACCUGCUUCCAGACUAGAUUGAUCUGUGAAUGAGGGAGCAGACGAUGACAAUGGUGUGUUUUGUUCUGCUCAGCGUUGCCCUUAUCUUACCCCGAACCUUCUCCACCCGCAUAGUCCCUGGUUGUCGUGAAUGAAGAAAUAUGUCCUUGUCUUGGGUUUUGCUGGUGUGUCAAAAGAUAAAACUCUCAGGAUGGGAGAGAAGUAACUACCUUUGUCCCCACUCUGUCUUGUGUGUUUGUCUUCUCGGGGAAACUUGGUCAGCUCCAACCACGCGGAAGGAUGGAGGGACGGCUGAGCUGGCACACACUAAUGGGGCAGGUUGUGCAACAGCCAACCUGACCCGGCGGGGGGCGGGGGCUCGGGCUCCUCUCCAGCAGUGCCGGUGUGUACCUGCAGCCCGAGGUAGGAGUGGAAGACCCCAGGCUUGGGGCCGAGGGAGAGGAGUGCCAGAGACGCAGGCCGGCGGAGGGGUGUGAAGACCACCUUGGGCCUAGCACUACGUGACCAGGCAGAGCAGUCAGAACCUGCCCGUCCCGGGGCCUGUGUGUUCUGUGCCUGUACGUGUUUUAAGUCUAAACAUUUGUAAGAACGUCAUGCUUCUCAAGCUUCUUCUGUUAGAAUGUCUUUUGUUAAUAGUUCCAUGGAAAAUUGCUUUAAUUAGUCUAGGUGAAGCAGUCCUAGCGGUGUAAAUAUGUAUAAUUAGAAUUUUCUGAUUUCACUGUGAGAUCUCUAACUUUUGAGUGGCAAACAGAUCAACAAGUCUUUGCUCAUGGAUUUUUCUGUGGGGUUGUUAAAAUACAAAAGCUUUAUUUUUUUUAAUAAGGACAUAUUACUUUAGUGUCAGAUGGUGGUAUGGAAUCUGUUCCCCGCUUCCCCCUCCAGUAGCGCAGCUGCAGUUUGUGGACUGCCGACAGAGCCCCGGAGCAGAGCAGGCGGCGCCGUUCUUCGCUGGGGCGUCCGUGUUCCAUGGGCGGCCCCCCCAGGCUGUGGCGGGCUCCUCCCUGCUCUUCGGUUUGUUUGGCUAGGUGGGUAGCAGAACUAGUUGCUGUGCAAAAGUUAGUAGUCUUCUUCAGGAAGAAAGCCAGUUCCUUUUAAAAUAUCCUGUGAGAUUGCUUCCUUCAUUUCUUUAUUUUUAAGCCAAAUGUCAGCAGAGUACUGCUGCUUUUAUCUAGUAAUUUUGAUAUGUAAGUAUUAAUGCAUUUAAAAAUGUCUACAUUGAAAAAUGUUUUUUCAGCGUCCUGCCUGUUGUGCUUUAUUUGGAUUUUCUGUUAAAAGACCAGUCUGUGCACUGGGGGAGUGUCGUGUGUGUGGUGUGCGUUACCAUUUCAUCAGUGACACGUCGUGGAUCGGGUGUGGUUGGUUGUACGUGAAGUUGCUGAGUUCCCAGUGAGUGUUCCGAGUUGUUCAUUGCUUUCCGGCGUACCCUUCAUUGUCUGCGGCUUUUUCAUUUUUAUUUCUUAAGGUGUAACUAGUUGGGUCCAUCUCAUACUAUGUUUUAGUUGCAAGCAGAAAGUAGAACUUGCUAUAAACCAGGUUGCUUCCAUGUUGAAAGGAAUACAAUUGAAAUUGUAGAUUUAGGAUGGUUAACCAUAUAUGACAAUUCUAACUUGACUAUUCUAACCUACUGUAUACAAUCUGAUUUUUAAAAUUGUAGACAUGUAUGAUCUUGGUUUUAAUAUUUCUAAAAGUGUUAAUUGUUUUUAAAAAUGAGAAAGAAGCAAAUCUGCUAGAGAGCUGUUGGUCUCCAUCACUGACGCUGUAAAAUACACUGUCGUUUGUGUGUGCUGUGUGUUGUUUGCCAGCUGCUGCAUCGGCCUUCAAAAGUAUUUGGAAAUUUAAGAUGAACUGCAUUUCUUGCAAAGUAUAUUCCUUUCUGUGGUAUUUUUGUCCUGUAACUGAAGUAUAGUAAUUAUUUUAUGGAAAUGUUAGCACUUAUGUACCAACUUUGAAUAAAAUGAAAAAUUUA